UGGGGGGAAGAUCCAGAUUUACAAGAUCCAAAGAAACAGCUUCAUUGAGUUCCAUCAAUAUAACUUCGCCUGUAUACAAGGUUUCAUAUUUCCUUUGUUGGGUUAGAUUUAGAAAGCGAAGAAAAUGGAUGAUAGUUGUGCUGUUUGUGCUGACACACUUGAGUGGGUUGCAUACGGGGCAUGUGGCCAUCGAGAAGUUUGCUCGACUUGUGUCGUUCGUCUCCGUUUCGUUUGCGGAGACCGCCGUUGCUGCCUCUGCAAGUCCGAUCUGAAAACUAUCUUUAUUACCAAGGCUUUGGGAGAUUAUACCGAGGUGAUAAAUGAUUUCGAGGCUUUUCCGGCUGGUCAGAUCGAGGGCCGAGUUGGGUCUUACUGGUACCAUGAAGGGACAAAAGCAUAUUUCGAUGAUCUGGAUCACUACAAGAUGAUAAAAGCAAUGUGCAGGCUAUCUUGUACCGUUUGCGAUAAUAAGGAUGAGCAGCGAAAUGCUAGAUCGGAGAAGAGAGCAGAGUUUAAGAACAUCGAGCAGCUUAAGAGUCAUUUGUUUAAAUGGCAUAGCCUGCUUAUAUGCAGUCUGUGUCUCGAAGGUAGGAAGGUCUUUACGUGUGAGCAAAAGUUAUAUACUAGAGCACAACUAGAUAAGCAUAUAAAGACAGGUGAUUCCGAAGUUGAUGGCACUGAAAGUGGAAGGGGAGGAUUUAUGGGGCAUCCUAUAUGUGAAUUCUGUCAAAAUCCGUUCUAUGGGGAACACGAGCUCUACCUGCAUAUGUCUACCGAACAUUUCACUUGCCACAUAUGCCAAAGGCGACAUCCGGGACAAUAUGAAUACUAUAGAAAUUACGACGAAAUGGAGAUCCAUUUUAGUCAAGAGCAUCAUUUAUGUGAGGAUGAGUCCUGCCGUGCCAUAAAAUUUGUUGUUUUUGCGACUCAAUCCGAAUUGAAGAGACAUAAUACCGUCGAACAUGGUGGACGCAUGUCUCGUUCCAAGCGUAAUGCUGCACUGCAGAUACCCAUAAGUUUCCAGUACCGGCGGAGUCAUGAGCGAGAUGAUCCAGUAAGAGGACAUGUUACCUAUCCUAAUUCAUUUGAUGGUCAACUUUCGUCGGCCAUGCAAGCUAGUCUUGUGACUGUGAGUGCUGAAAGUUCCCAUUAUACUUCUACAAGCAACAGGGCGGUUGUAAAUAGCGGAGUAGCCUCUGUAGUUGGUUGUUUCGAGGCAUUAGCUACAAUAGCUUCCGGGCCAUCUUCAAGAUACCAAGCACUAGAAAACUCUAGGGUUGAACUUCUUGAAGACUCGUCAUUUCCUCCCCUUCCUGCAGCGUCAAAUAGCAGUCGACAAAAAGUUAGAAACGGUUCACAAGGAUCAUCUAGAAGGAGCAUUGCUGCUCCGUCACGGCACCGAAACAAUGGGACAUCAAAUGUUGUUUCUAAUACUGCUCAGGCUUGGCCUGCAGCGAGUCUUCAACCUAUAAUGUCAACUACGAAUAACUCGUCUGGCUCUUCCAAAAGUAAGCCCGCUAGGAUUAAGGAAUCUUCACCAAAACUGGAAGAUUUUCAAUCAGCUAACAAGGCUCUAGUGGAAAAGAUCCGUGUUUCUUUGGAAUUUGAUCGGGACAAAUUCUCUGCUUUCAAAGGGAUAACCGGUAAAUAUCGGCAGGGUAUUAUCAGCUCCGAGGAGUAUCUUGCCUAUGUACAUCAGUUCGGUUUGUCGCAUCUUGUUCUAGAGCUAGCUGUGUUAUUACCCGAUGUCGAGAAACGAAGAGAACUUGUGGAGAUAUACAAUUUUAACAUAAGCAAAGGCUAUUCUCACAAUGAUGUUGGUCAAUGGAAAAACAGAGAAGGGUCCAAAAAAGGGAAGGAGAAGUGUGAUGACCAUGGCAUUACUGGUUUAGAACAUGCUUCGGCUCACAUGUCCUCACUGGGUUACACUAACAAAGGAAAAUCAAAGGUUUCGAGUGAUGAAGCGGCCAACUCACAUGUCCCUGCCCAGUCUCAGAUGGAGCUAGACGUUGGCGGCUCAAGCGGAGGGGGAAAUAAACAACGGAAAAAACUCCCCAAGUUCCUUAGAAAUCGCCUAGGUGAUGCUUCGACCGCACAACUUGAAGAAGAUAGAAAGUGUGAGAUUAAAGAAAAAACAGGUGAGAAUAAGGAACCACCAGAAAGAUUGCCGGUCCACGGUGUAUGGCGAGACGGUGGAGGGCAGAGACUUAUGGCAAAGACCCAAAGAAUAGCUAGCAAACAAUAUUAUACAUAUGUAUGAUAUAUAUACAGAUAUAUUUCAGGGCUGAUAGAUCUGACUGACUAGUGAUUGCUUC